AUGGAACCUAAAGUCGGCGUCAGCGUAUUCGUGCGGAAUAAUAGGGGCGAGUUCGUUCUCGGAAAACGACGAGGAAGUAUUGGAGCAGGUACUUGGGGCCUACCGGGCGGACACCUCGAAUUCGGCGAGUCUUUCGAGACCUGCGCAGCACGAGAAGUGCUCGAAGAGACUGGGCUUAUUGUCCAUGAUCUGCGGUUCUUGGCCGUCGUGAACAGCGUCAUGCAUGCAGAAGGCAAACACUAUGCCGUUGUGUUUGUCGAGGGGUAUGUUAGUGAGGCAGCCGGGGGCGCUGCGCAACCUCGGAUACUCGAGCCCGAGAGCUGCACUGCAUGGGAGUGGGUUUCGUGGGGUGAUCUGCGCUCUUUUGACGAGGACCAGAAAAGAUCUGAGGGACGGAGACUGUUUUCACCUCUUUCAGAACUAUUUCAGCAGUGGCCGGAAUUUCAUCUGUAG